GACGAGGGACCAGCUGAACUUAGGAGAACUGGAGAUGCCCUGGCGAUUCUCUCUGCUUGCCAAGCUGCUACAGAGUCGCUAACACUGGUUUUUUGCGUGCACGGGACGCUGCAUCCACGCUGGUACCGGCGCCAAGUUUCUAGUGCUGUUGCCAAAAUGGUGAUUAAAGUGUUUGUGGCAACGUCCUCAGGGUCGACGGCGAUUAAAAAGAAACAGCAAGAAGUAGUAGGCUUUUUAGAAGCCAACAGAAUUGACUUUAAGGAAAUGGACAUAGCCUGUGAUGAAGACAAUCGGAAAUGGAUGAGAGAAAAUGUUCCAGGUGAAAAAAAACCACAAAAUGGGAUUCCUCUCCCUCCCCAGAUAUUCAAUGAAGAACAGUAUUGUGGGGAUUUUGAUUCGUUUUUCUAUGCAAAAGAAGAAAAUUAUAUUUAUUCAUUCCUAGGACUUGCUCCUCCACCAGGCUCAACGGAAGGGAGGAUUACAGAGGAGGUACUGACUGUGCCAAAUGGGGAUAUUUUUGGAGAAGAGAACAAAAUUGCGGAGGAGACUGAAAAAUGUUCAGUUACUGAAGAAAAUGAGAUACAAGCAGAAGAUGAGGUUGAGGCCACGCCUGAAACCGAGGGUGAAGCUCAGGCUGAGACUACUGAAGCACAGGGACAAGAUGAAGAGCAGCCAGCAACAGAAGAAGUAGAAGCAGCAGAGGAAGAAGAAGAGGAAAAAAUGGAAGACGAAGAAGAAGAAAAAGAGGAAAAAGAGGAAGAGGAAUCUUAGUACAUUUGUUUGCUACUUUUUCUUCAGCAGAUAUUUCAGGAACUGGGAACUGAUGAUAUCACUGCAGAGUGAAGACAACAAUCACUUUCCCUCCACAAAAACAUUAUUGUUUUUCUACGCAACUCCAGAUAUCAGCACAGAUAUAAUUUGAGACAUUAAGCAGCUCCGAAUGUGAACUUUCUACAUAAAUUUUGUUGCUGUGUUGUAUAUAUACAGUUGUUUCUGCUAUUCUGCCUUGGAAUCCAGUGGGGCUUCAGAUCUUGAUGAUCAACAAGCAUUAUGAGAUUGGCUUUAGGAUAUGUGGUUCCUCUGAGUAGGGAUAAGUUCAGACUCCAUAUUGGUUUCCUGAAAGGUACAUACUAAAAUGGCCAGGCUGUUCUCAACUGAAAAACCCCAAAGAAUGUUUUCAAUGUAUGUGCCACAAUUUGCUGAUCUCUAAAAUAGCCGUAUAAUAUACAACAAUUGAAAUAAAUCCAUUUCGUGCCAAUGGCCAGCUUGUGUUUGUACAAGCAUUCAUUUUUCAAUGUUAGUCAGCUAAUUAGACAGCUAAAAAUCAUUAUUUUUUUCUUCCCUUACAAAAAAUAUUAUGUGGUAAUCUCCAUUUCCCCCUUCUAUUUUUUUUUGCCAGUUUUACACUAACUUACAUUUUCUUAAUAUAAUUCCACUUUUAAUAGAGGCAAGCCUUUUCAAAAGAUACUAAUCACUGUAUCAGUGUAAGUGAAUAAGCUGGAAUAUUAGGCUUCCCUUCUGUUAAUGACAUAUUAUAUAUAUAAGUUCAAAAAUACAGUAUCUGAAGAUAAUUGAUGGAGAACAAAACCAUCUAACCCAUUCCCUUGCAAUCCUUGAUAUGCUUUGUGGGAACCUAUGGACAUUAAUGGAAAUCCCACUGGUAAAUAAACUAGUAAUGUCACCAUAAAGAAAUUAAUUGCAACCUCCCUCCCCCAGCACUAUGUGAUUAAAAUAAGGACGGGCAAAGGAAAAGUAAUCAAAUAUUUGAUUUUUGCAAUUUAGUGACUUUAAUCACAUUAGAUGAGGCGCCAGGAGGAUCAUAAUAGAAAGUAUGCUGGAGAUCUAUAGACUCUUGUUAAUUUUAAUAAUACACUAUUAAUUAGUAUAAUGCUAAAGGGACCUUAAAUUGAGCUUGUCUCCUGAUACACAUAUAUAGUUUUCUUGAUAGUGUUAUGGAAAUAAUUUGCCACUGUUUUCUUCUGGGAUGGUUUUUCAACUUUGCAAUCUAGCCUAUCUCUGAAAUACUCUUAUGUAGCUAUCUAUUCAGGUGCUAGUUAGACUAAUCCCACUUGCCUUCUAAGAUCAGCCAAGGUUUUGCUUCAGCAGGGUAAUGGUCAAAGUACUGUAAUUAGGCUAGGGAGACUCAAGUUCAAGAUCCUGAUUAGCCCAUAUCUCAAUCUAGGAAUUUCUCACAAAGUUGCUGUAAGGAUGAAGUUAGGGGAGACUAGUUAAAUCUUUAAUACUCAUCACAACAAAGGACUUGGGGUGCUUCUUUGGGUGAAGGUUAAUUGGAAAUGAGAAAGAAAAGGGUUAGAAAUAUUAUUACCCCAUAUAGUCAUUCAAUUUGAAUUAUGCUUUCAUAAUUUGGGAGUGAUUGGCGGGGGGGGGGAGUUGAAAAUGAAACAGUAAAAAAAGAAAGAGGUAGCCCUCCCAAACCCGUGUGCUGCAUUACUUAUCUUGAUUUUGCUUACUGACUUGAGAAUAAGUGAAAAGAAAUAGAGCAGCAACAUACUGGAAUGAACUCUACAUGUAGUUUCUCUUUUAGCCAUUGGGAGUCAUUGUAGUCAUCAGGACACACCCAGAAUAUAUAAUUUCCCUAGCAAAAGAAUCUUAUUAGGUUGAAAGCAAUCAGAACUGCUGCUGUUUACACCAGGAGCUGGAUAAGCACAAUUGUUCUAACAUCUAUACACUCUCUGUAAUUAGCUUAAUAAAUUGUUGAAAAAAUGUGAAGAAACAUUGAAAUUGCUGUAGUAUUGCUUAUAUACAUUAAGGGUGCAGGAACUGUGGUUGCCCCAAUGUUGGUGAAUUGCAGCUGCCAUUAGCCAUGCUGGCUGGGGCUGUUGGAGUCGUGGUUCAUCAACAUCUGGAGACCUAUAGAUUUCCACUCUGCUAGAGACAUAGUUUUAGGGUUUUACCUAUUAAACUUCAAAUCCAUCACCUACCCACCAACCAACUUCUAAACUAGUCUCUUUCUGGAGGGAUGUGCAUUAGCCUGUUUUUCAGUGAAGGUUUAAUUAGCAAGCCCAUUACCUGUAAUGAUUGCACCUUAUGUUAUUUAUUCCCUCCCCUUUGUAUCAUGUAAAAGCUGCUAGAAAUCUCAGUGUAUUUAAAAAGAACUUUUCUAUCCAUCUGCCUCUGUUUUUGUUUAUUUCAUAUGUCAAAGAUUUGUGAAAGAAAAAUAUUAAGAGGAUUUUUCUAAUGGAAAGCACUAAAUUUAUUCACACUUCAAGGAAAUUUAAAAUGUAACCAUUCGAAAACUAUAAUAAGCUAAAAUAGUUUGUUAUUUCAGUGCCUAUGCCUUUUAAAACCUCUCCGGAUUUUUUUAAAAUAGUAGAAUGCCCUGGAGAAUGUUGCUGGAGUACACAAAAGAGCAAAGGAAAUAUACUUACGUAAAUAUUCUUUAUCAUCCUCAUGUCUUCAAAAAGUUGGGAAUGAAGUUCCUAAAAUUCCCAACUACAGAAUUCUGGAAUUCUAGUUGCAAGCGGUGAGGAGAGCACCAGAUUGGGGGGAAAUUGUUUUAGAAAUAGAGUUAUCCAUAUAAUUUACUUUUUUAGAAAUCUAAAUAUACCAAGACUUCUUUAUCCCCAUAUUUAUUAGUGUUCUGUAACUUCAGGGAAAUAAGUUAAUUCUGUUUGAAAUUUGUGAGGACAAUGCAUUUUCUACAUCUAUGGUAGAUGUAUUCUUUCUUCACCAAAAAUUCAAGGAAGCUUAGCUUCAGUAGCUUAACAGUUUUGAUUCUUGCUGCCUGAUCUAAAUCAAACUGCAUUAAUUUUAAUAUAAGUCAUUUUAAUUACUUUUUUCAAUUAUUGAGAUGUUGAUACAUAGCAUUUAAACACAGAUACACUAAUAUUGGCAGUAUUAUUUUUCAAUUGUUUUUCUGUAACUGUAUUUGUCACAUGAAAUUCGUUAUUUGCAGUUGUUACCCACUGAGUUAACAUAUUUGCUGUGUUACCUGUCGAUAGACGUAUUCGGUCUUUCUCUCUCUCAAAAAACCCCCCACCUACCUCUGAUAAACACAAAAGGAAUUCUGGAAGUGAUUCAAAAAAUUGUAAACUAAAUUAAAUAAUUAUUAUGAAAGGAAAUGGGCUGAAUCAAUAAAAUUUCUGGAACUAAACAUUACAGAAAUGCUAAAUAAACAUAACAAUAUAAAAUAGAUGGCAAAUAAAGUAUUAGAGUUUGGAAUGAGGCAGAAAACUUGUCUAAAACUCAUAAAUGUUAAUUUCAAACAGACACCUUUGAUGAAGUAUUCUAACCUUUAGAUAACAGAGAUUUUAAAAUGUCAUCUGAAGAAUAAGAUAUCAUCUCUUUUCCAAAAACAUGUUUUUCAGAUUUCUUCUCCAGAAUUAUAAACUGGUAUCUUUUAUAAAAUGGGCUAAAUCCAAGAACAUUAUUAUUCAAUUUAUACAAAUUCUAGUAACGUAUACCAGACUAUCGUAAAUAUGAUAACUUGCUUAAUAAUAAUUAAGUAGUUUAACAUUUUCAAGAUGGUAAAUAAGAGAUUUUAAAAUGUAAUUUUUCAUGUAUUCAUGUAGCACACUAAUCUAAAAUAUUGCAGAUUAAUUUUUGCGUAAUCUAGCAUACUAGAAUGAAGCUGCCUACAAUGAAGGGAAGCAAAAGAAGCCCUUCUGGAUGUGUUUGAGGGAUCAGAUAGUCCAUCAUUCUGUGUUGUACAAUGGCCAGCCGAGCAACAAAAAACCUGCAUGCAGGUCAUGAAGGAAUAAUCCUCUUCCACUGUUUUUCUAUAGCAAUCAAUGUUUAAAAUUUACUGUCUAUAAUUCUGGGUGGUAAAAUAUAACCCUUAAAUCCGAUAGCCAUUCUAAUACCAUCUAAAUUGGAGACUAUCACUAAAUGUGAUGGCAGCAAAUUCCAUAGUUUAACUAGUAUAAAGACUUCCUUUUUAUUGAAUUAUCCUCAUUUAAUAUGAUGAAAAAUGCAAAAUUCUAACAUAAUGAGAGAAAAGUGAAAAGCUAUUCUGUGUACAUAUUUUCUGUGAGAGGCAUUGUGAUGGUGACAGCAUGCAUUAUUUUCCACCUGCUUACAUCCAAUUCAGAAUAAUUAAACUUGUACUCUUGAUUGUUACACAGGAAUAACAAACUAACUUGUUUUUAGUGAAUUAUGUUGGCUACUUUAAGGUUCAUUCUAUCGACUUUCAAAAACUUAUUGGACUUAUUGAAAGUCCCUUUAUUAUUUUACUGAUUAUCAUGCUCUUUAACUAUUGCUCACCU